AUGAUGCAAUUUGUCGACCAAACACUUGACGUAUUUCGAAAAUAUCGAAAAACUGAGCCACCUUAUUUAGUCGCCCUUCGGUGCUGUACCAUUACGAUAUGUGUUCUCUUGAUUAUAAUCUAUGGAAUUUUCUUGCUAUUAUUUUUGAUUAAUGAUGACCCAGUCGAACGAAGCGUUGUGGUUCCCGCACCCACUAUUCCAGCAGCAGAUGGCACUCGUAGCGAGCAAGACCUUUGUACUUCACUAAUCAUUCCGCCGAAAUGCUGCUGUGACGCAAACAAUAGUACCGAUCACUUUACUGGGUACUUCACCGCCUGGAAAAAUGGGCCUAACGGCGACAGCAGCUACACAUUAAACUAUGAUUUGACAAGUGAGCUAUACGGGGUGUGGUACACAAUUCGCAAAGCAGACUCAAGUUAUAAUCCUCAACGUGAUCAAGGAAUGAUUGUACGAGCUUUUGAUUCAGAAUUCAAUCCACAAACGUUGCCAAAUUACCCAAAUGACACAUCUCAAAAUAUCGACAGUGAUUUUUAUAACUCAAUUGACGAGUUAAAUCACCAUGUUAUUGGAUAUCGUCAGAAUAAUUGGAUGUUUGUCAAUCGUCAUCUAAAAAAGAAAUUACGUCCCGGUGCAGGAAAUGUGAUUGGUAUCCCACCAAGACAUUUCAACGAAUAUUACCUUACUACUGAAUAUGAAAGUGUAAAUAACCCUGCGAAUGCACAAAACCUCAAUCAAGAUAAUGAUGUUUACGCUAAUUUAUUUGUUGGAACUUUGAAUUGGUAUGAGGAGGAGAUAACUGAAAGAAGGAGUCGUUCGCUUUUGGACUGUUUUGGUUUACUUGCCGGUUUCUAUGCACUUAUAGCUGGAAUAUACAUCUGUUGCUUCGGCGCAGCCGCUAUCCUACCAUGGGGCUGCUGUCAAAUAAUUUUCUUGAGAAAACAAAUCCGUGACGAUCUUCGUAAUGAAUAUCCAAACGGCAUUCCACUUAUUGACACGCCGAAUCCAGAGGUCAGUUGUAAAGAACGACUCAACUACCUCGAGAAAUUCAUGAGACAAUAUGUGAUCGAUGUAGAUUACUUGAGAGACUACGAGUCGGACGACGAUGAUGAUGAAAAUGAAAAAAUAGGUGCGACAAUUGAUGCAGCUGGAGGAAGUGGUCCUUCUGCAGGAUCAGUUUUACCUAUUUUUUCGGGAAGACGUAAACGAAAAAAUAGUAGUCCUAAUGAUGGAGGACCUAAUUCUAAUAAUAAUGUUAAUACUCCGGGGUCACCAUCCGAUAAUUCGUAUACUACUGUUCCACCUUCCGGUCCUGAACAUGAAGUUGGAGGUCCAGGUUACACUACGGUUCCAGCACGUCAUCAACCGUCAACUGGAGCUGGACAAUCUAAUUUACCAUCAAGUCAACAUGAUGCCGUUACAGCAGCUGCUGUGGGCAGCGGAUACGGAACGUCUGGUAAUAACAAUAGCUCGAAUAAAUUUUCAGCAAUUGGUGCUGGUGCAGCAGCAGGAAUACUUGCAGGUGCAGCAUUUGGAUCUCAUGACUCAAAGAAAACUACUACUGGAGGAGGAAGUACUACGGAGCAUGAACCUGCUACUGCCACUACAACCUCAAGCAGCGGAUACGGCAGUGGAUACGGAACGUCUGGUGAUAACAAUAACUCGAAUAAAUUUUCAGCAAUUGAUGCUAGUGCAACAGGAGUUGGAGGUGCAGCACUUGGAUCUCAUGACUCAAAGAAAACUAUUACUGGGGGAGGAACUACGGAGCAUGAAUCUACUACUACCACCACAACUUCAAGCAAUAACAAUAAACUGACAGCAAUUGGUGCGGGAAUAAUUGGUGGUGUAGCAGGAAUAUUUGGAAGUAAAUUUGCAUCUCAUGACUCAAAGAAAACUACAACUGGAGGAGAAGGUGGGGCGGCUGUAAUUGGUGGAGGUGGUGCUAGCGGUUAUGAUUCAAACAUGGCAUACAUAGCAGGUGCUUCAGGUGGAUCGAGUGCAAUUGGAGGGGGAAGUGAAUCUAUUUACUCAUCCACCACUACUACUGGUGGCGGUCCAACUGAAAUUGGUGGUGAAUCGAAUAAAUCGUCAAGCACUUCUUAUGGAGGAUUGGCAAUCGCUGGAGCGGCAGCGGCAGCAGGAGCAAUCGGUGGUGCUGCUAUAGCUUCUAAAAGUUCAAAAUCCUCGUCUGGCACAGCAGGAGCAACAACAUUAAGUGGAGGUGGUGGGUCUGUACAUGAAACCACCACAUACACAACAUCAUCUGGUACGACUGGAGGUGAAGUAGGAGGAACCUACACCACAUCAUCAUCAUCCAGUGCUACCUCGCAAGCCAGUCAAGUCGCUCUCUUAGCGUCGAUGAGUGAACAAGAACGAAUUAAAUACUUGGCAACUUUAUCAUUAACAGAAAGACGAGAAUUAGAAGCCUUGCUCAAAAAAAACACUACCACAAAGCGUACAAUUAUUGAAGGAGGAGGUUACACAACAACAACGUCAUCAUCCAGUGCUACCUCGCAAGCCAGUCAAGUCGCUCUCUUAGCGUCGAUGA